UUUCAGAGAGCGUUCCUUAGUCGGUAUUCCUGACGAGGCCACUUUUAUGAGGCGCGAAGAACCCUUAGUGUGUGAAAAAGAGUCUGACUGAAGCUGCUGUCUUUGGGAGCAAUGAGUUUAAAAUCCUUCACCUACCCAUUUCCAGAGACGAGGUUUUUUCAUGCAGGAUCCAAUGUGUAUAAAUUCAAAAUCAGAUAUGGCAACAGCAUCAGAGGAGAAGAUAUUGAAAAUAAGGAAGUCAUCUUCCAGGAGCUGGAGGUCCUAGCUAAGAGGAAAGCUGCAGAAGCCAUGAUGAGGAAACGAAAACAUACGGAAGUGCCCAACUGCCCCAGCAGGUUGGAGCUGGACAGGGCCAAGAUGGGGACUUUCAGCCAAAGCCCCAGCAAAAAGAAGCCCCCUAUGGAAACUGCGAGGAACGGGGAAAGAAAAACCCAGCAGGAAUGUGAGGAGCCCCCAGCGUUUGAUAUCACUGAUGUCCAGGAACAGGAUUCUAAGUGGGAGGACAGCCUAGCAGGGCAGGUUAUCCCUCCACUGCAGCAGAACAGUCCACCUCCACCUAAAGGACCCACAGAGCUGGGAACCAGGGGCUUCUUUGGCUUUCUAAGCUCUCUCUUCCCGUUUCGGUAUUUAUUCAGAAGGAGCAGCCAGUGAGCCUUCCAAAAGCAGUGGUGGGAAGAGUGUUGUCUCACAGUGA